AUGUCUUCAACGGAGAUCGGAAACUGUGGUAAAGUUGACGACAACGUCGCAACUGAGUCUCAACACUUACAGACGUACACAGCCCGGCCUCAAGAAACUGCGGUAUGCUAUGACACUGUCGGUCAUUCUUCGCCUCCCAGGCAAGAGAGCAACACGUGGGACACCAACAAAACCUAUACAUCUUUGAGCAGUCUCAAGCCUUAUUACUGUGGAUAUUCCGCAACGGAAGACAAUGGUUCCGCAAACGCCAUGUACACCGACGGGUUGCGUGCCAGACCAGAAGCGUCUACCUUGGACGAUUCCAACGAAGAUGACGGAAGCGAAGUUAGUCCGUCGUCAACCAUCGACUCCUACGGGAUACCCCAGGAUUCCACUUACUCUGCCCCACCUCCCCAGCAUCAGAACGGUUACCCACAGUACAGUUAUCCGUCUCCACCCCAGGUCAAUAGCGCCGCUCCCGUCUUGGAGAGGCAUUCCUCACCGCCAUCUUAUACGACUCUUGAAUACGGCCCAGCGGCAGUAAAGAUCGAAUACAAGUCAACUAACUCUGUACCGGUAUCGUCUGCAGCCAGUCACUAUUAUCAGCCCCAGGGGUACCCGGAAGAAGGGAUGGGAUAUUACUCAGCCCCACCUGCAGCAGCAAUUCCUCAGCAGCACCAGGCCCCCGUAGCCCGGAACAGCGAAGGCCGUCAGUAUCAAAAUAGCGGAGCCUGCGUCUUUCUUUGCAACCGCCAACUUUGGGUUAAAUUUCACGCACAUACGACAGAAAUGAUCAUUACAAAGCAAGGAAGGCGAAUGUUUCCCACUCUGCAGUUCAGUCUCAGUGGACUAAACCCCCAGAAGCAGUAUAAUGUAUUUGUUGACAUGGUUCUGGCAGAUCCUAACCACUGGAAAUUCCAGGGUGGCAAAUGGGUCCCAUGUGGACAAGCUGAACAACUCCCUCGAACUGGCAGAGUUUAUCUACACCCUGAUUCUCCGAACACCGGAGCACACUGGAUGAAACAAGACAUUGUUUUUGGGAAACUAAAAUUGACAAACAACAAAAACAAUGAUCAAGGACAUAUCGUUUUACACUCGAUGCACAAAUACCAGCCUCGAAUUCACGUGAUCGAAGUCGGCACGAGCUCUCCAGGCGACCAGAAAAAUCUGCAGACUCAUAGCUUUCCCGAGACCCAGUUCAUCGCCGUGACAGCCUAUCAGAACACAGACAUCACCCAGUUGAAAAUCGACCAUAACCCGUUCGCUAAAGGUUUUCGUGACAGCUACGACAGGUCUGAAGGCAUGCCUAGUGACAUGAUGUACCCACAGAUGAACACUAUGUAA